AUGUUGGACUUUCGACGUAGAUCCAACGUCGUCUUCUACGCCCCGUACAACCCCGCCACCUCAGCCCUAUUGUCAGACGACACGAUAUACCGAUACACGCUUUCCGCACCCAUCCUGGAUUUUGCCGUGCAUUCAUCAGGGAUCAGUGCCUUGUCAACUUAUAUGACAUCCUCUUCUUCCACCGAUAAAACUGCUGCCGCAUCAACUAGACAAAAUAGGAACCGUAUAUGGGUCGCCAUUGACCGUAAUUUCUCGGAGAGGCAAGACCCCGAAACCAAAACGUCCACCCGGCAGGGGGACAGUGGAAAAACCCAAGGGAACGGCAUGGAGGAGGACGAAAAAUCUGGAGUACUGAAUACAGCCCCCACGGGGUUGGAUGCAGAUGUGGGAGGAGAAGUCAAUGCGGAUAUAACUAUGACUGAGCUAGGCAAGCCAACCAUUUCGCGUGAAGGCCCUGUGACCACCAUCAAAGACGUAAAUAUGGGUGCAACUACCCCUAACGAUCGUUUAAACGGAAUAUAUCUGCUCGAAUGGAGAGGCGGUGAAACGCUCGUCGAAGUUGAGGAGGCAUUAUCGCCGCUAUUACAGACGUUCCGCAGUUUGACGUCCAUUCCAGCAACGCAAAAAGAUAUUCAAGCCUUGGAUCUAUACGGACCGUUAACCGCCUUACCAAAAACUGAGGAACUGGAAGAGCUUGAAGGGGUGGCCUCAGGUGAGGUGGAGGAGGC